UACGCUUUGGUGAGCUGCUCGGGUUCCAGAACAGAGAAGAAAACUCAGACUGAGAAUGAGAUGGGUUUGCUUCGGAACAUUUUACUCUUGGGGGCAGCUGCCCUUCUGUUGGAAGUGGGACGCUGCCUUGGAGCCACCAAGAUGAGAAGUUUCAAGGGGCAGAAGUGGGACAUCUUACGAAUGUUUAAAGGCUCCUCUACCCACUCCAUGAUGUAUUUCUACACUGGGGUGUCGGAGCCCAUCCAGGGCAUAUCCUGGUUUGCUGGUGCAGGCUACAUAGAUGACCAGCUCAUUGUUUCCUAUGGAAACACCACCAGAAGUGUUGUACCCCGAGUCCCCUGGAUGGAGAAAGUGAUUGAAGAAGAUCCUCAGUACUGGGACGGCAUUACCUUCAAGUUGCAGGAUGAUGAAGCCUUCUUCAGCGAUUACCUGCAGAGACUGCAGAAUCUCUACCACCAGAGCACAGGGUUUCACACGGUGCAGAAAAUGUAUGGCUGUGAGCUGAGCAAAGAUGGGCACACCAGAGGAUUUCGGGAAUACAGCUACGAUGGAAAGGACUUCAUCACCUUUGACAAGGAGGCCAGCAUCUGGAGAGCAGAGUGUGAUGAAGCAAACGUCAUCAAAAGAGAGUGGGAUACUAACAGGGCCGAUAUCCAGCAGGGGACGUUUUAUUUAGAGAAUGAAUGCAUUGAGGUGCUGCUGAAACUCCUGGACCAUGGGAAGGAGGAGCUGCUGCAGAGGAGAGAGGGUCCAACAGUGAAGGUGACACGCAAAGCAAGCUCUGACAACAUGGAAACUCUUGUCUGCUGGGUCCAUGGCUUCUACCCCAAGGAGAUCGACAUCAACUGGAAGAAGGAUGGGGAAGUCUGGACGCAGGACACCUUCCGUGAAAUUACCAGCCCCAACUCGGAUGGAACUUACUACACCCGGAUCAGUCUUAAGGUUGACCCCAAGGACAGGGAUUGCUACCGGUGCCAUGUGGAACAUGAUGGCCUGCAGGAGCCUCUGGACCAGGCCUGGGAGGGAGAGACUGCUGGGCCUGCAGGAGUGGACGGUCCUUUGCAAGGGCCCGUCGGACUCAUUAUAGGAGUAAUCCUAGGCGUAGUUCUGUUGGGUGGUGGCUGGCUGGGACAAUCUUAUACAGUAUAUCUCCACUGAAGUCUUCCUGUGAAUUACAUCUUCCAAGAGCUCCAGCCACUCCCAGACACCGGGCCUCAUUCUGCAUCUGCCCCAACUCCAGUGUCCCUUCUCCAGUCAGCAGAGUGAUUUGGACCUCAGGGAAAUGUAUUCCUGAAGGGGCUGGGCCAAUCUUUAAGUUAAUUCGUAUAUUAUUUGUGUUCAUUUGAGUGUGCCAUUUACAAUGAUUUGAACGUUGUUACCAAUGGACUAGAUCCGUGUUUCUCAACAUUUUUGGAGUCAUGGACCGGUAUAUCCUUAGUGCGCAGCUUCCAGGACCAGCAGUUACUAAAGGGAUUGCCCCCCUCGCCUCCCCCCAGGCACACCCCCCCAAAAAAAAUUUUGGGCCGGCAGGAGCUCUCUGGAGCCCUCACUGCUGGAUAACGUUCAUUUCAAGGAAGCGAAAUGAACAUUAUCCAGACGCAAGGGCGGGCUGCCUAGAAAUGAGCGCUGAAGAGCUCCCAGCGGCAACAGUUCCCGCUGGCCCGAUUCUGAAAUUGGGGGUUUUUUUGUGUGGUGUGUGUGUGUGAUUUUUAUUAGUGAUGCCUCACGGGCCAGUACCCAACACCUUGCGGACUGGCAUUGGUCCACGGACCGGCAGUUGAGAAACACUGGACUAGAUUGAAGUGGAGAAGUGCCCAGGUGGGUGUGGGGGGCAGGUGGGUGUGAUUUUCAAUACAAACCAUGAAUCCACUCUCAUUUGCUACCAGAGAAUCUACACUCAGAACACCUCAGAAACAACAGAACCCUGUACCCCAUGGGUUAGCAACCCCAUGGGAGUGGCUGGCCCCCUCUGUUCACUACACCGCCACUUGCUCUGGGCCACCCUAGUGCCCCGCAAAUGCAGUUAUGGGGCUGCUGAAACCUCCAUUACACCUUAUGGGGAAAAAACCUUAGAUCCAUCAACAAAUCACCAAAAAUCAGCCUUCUGCCCAAAUCCUUUGAAAAAAUUCUGGUAGCUUCCUUGCCCCACUUGGGAACUACCACCAACCCCACACCGCACUAGGCCACCCCUUUCCCCCCAACGUGAAGCGAUACUUGUCUCAUGGUAGCAAGCAUGACUUGUCCCCUUAGCUAAGCAGGGUCAGCCCUGGUUGCAUUUGCAAACGGAGACUAGAAGUGUGAGCACUGUAAGGUAUUCCGCUCUGGGAAGAGCAGGUUUCAAGUCCCCCCCACCCCCGGCUUCUCCAAGAUAGGGCUGAGAGAGAUUCCUGCCUGCAACCUUGGAGAAGCCGCUGCCAGUCUGUGAAGACAAUACUGAGCUAGAUAGACUAAUGGUCUGACUUAGUAUAUGGCAGCUUCCUAUGUUCCUAUAUUCCAUUAUACCCCAAAUGGAAAUUUUCCAUUUUCCAUUUCGGGACCCAAAAUUUUGACCCCACUGCUUUGCAAGUGGGGGUGGGGAAUUAGUGGCAUCCCAUGUUCCAACUACCCCCCAACCCACAAGCAACUGGGUACUCAGUUUAUAUUUUAGGAAUUUUUAGAUUCUUCAUUAUGAGGAAAGGUUAUUAGACACCAAAGAGCCUAAACACUUGAAAACAAUCCUAGAACAUAAACGGAGUAGUACCCCACUGCCGUGUGUGUGGGAGUGGGGUGUAGUUGGCACAUGGCAGUUGACAGUUGGCACUGUCAAAAAGACAGUCAAAAUGAAUAGAAGAAAUGAAAGUGUGUAAUGAAUCCUCAUAGCGAUUCAUUGAGGGAAAGUUAUUAUACACCAAAGAAUCCAAACACUUGAAAAAUAGUGACCACACAUUUUGCUCCAUAACUUCACUUCUACAAGGGCUAGAGCUUAGCUUUUUUUUUAAAUUGAAAGCUGGGAAUCUUGGGGAAUUAUUAGGAGGGAUCCGUAUCUCAAGUCAAUUUGAAUUGAAUCAGGCACGUAUCGAUUUGUACUUGAAUCUAGCCAAUGGACCACAGGGGUGAUUUGUUUUGUCUCCGAAUCACCCAAAUCAGCUAGAUUCGGGUACAAAUCAAUUUGUACCCAAAUCAAUUUGCACAUUCCCUAGUAUUUUCCUCCAACGUCUUCUCUGUCCAUUUAAUGAAUUUGAUGAAGUAGGCUCUUGCCUAGGAAUGAUAAUCCUGAAAUACACUUGAAUCUUCCAGGUGCCACAAGACGGGAUUUUUCAUCAUGUGUGAUAAGAUGUUUGAUCUUUCAGUCUUGUAAGCUGGAGUUGUAAAAAAAUAAAUAAAUAAAAAUCCCCUUCUGGAACAUCUAUUUCACUUCAAUAAAUGAAUGGCAGACAUGCCUCAUGCCCAUGGUC